CACGUUUGACAGGUAUUGGAGAGAGACGUGAAACCCCACUAACUCGAGUCCUGUAUUUUGUCUACAAUGAAGACUCAGUUGUAUGUGUGUAUCGCUUUAUUCAUCUCAGUUCAGGGAGAAAUGACCGCGGACCAGAAGAAAAUGACCGAAAUGUUGCACAAUAAUUGUGUAAAAGAAACUAAAGUUCACGAAGAUUUAAUUGUCGCGGCUAGUAAAGGAACCUUUAAUGAAGAUGAAAACUUAAAGUGUUAUAUGAAAUGUCUAUUCGCCCAAAUGGGAGUGUUUUCUGACGAAGACAACAGCUUCGACAAAGAGGCAUUUAUUGAAAUGGUUCCAGAGGAAAUUAAAGAAACCACAAUAGCAGCGUUGGGGAAAUGUUUGCCUGUGGGUGGUUCAAAUGGUUGUGAGAUGGCCUUCAACCUGAACAAGUGCUUUUACAUGCAUGAUCCUGAGAAAUAUAUGAUUGUGUAAGUAUAUUGCUGCUUUUCUAUAUACAGAAGAAUGGAGAAUAGUUUAAUAGAAAUAUAAAAAAAGAAGAUAAAGUCUAACCAUCACCUGCAUUAUAUUAUAUGUACAUACACAAUGUGUUGAAUAAAAUAAACAAAUAUUA